UAUGAGGUGCAACCAAAACAGCUGUUUGACAUAGCAACAGGGAUAUUCUGGCAGGCUGUCGAGAAUUAGUUCUUGAAUACUGUUGUGCUUUUGAUCACUAAUAUGGCUUUUGGACUCUCUUUGAGUGUUUCUUGGAUUUGUUGCCUGCUAAUUGGAGGGAUAACUUGUUUUACACUUAAAGGUAACGCUCAAGGGCAUCCUGCCUACACUGGACCUGAACCAACUGGAUCCUAUGCCCAAGCAAGUGUGGUGUCUGGUCCAAAUGCUAAAGCUACUGGCCACAAUGCCACGUCAGCAGAAGCUUCUGGCGCCUCAGCAGAAGCUUCUGGCGCCUCAGCAGAAGCUUCUGGCGCCUCAGCAGAAGCUUCAGGCGCCUCAGCAGAAGCUUCAGGCCCAGGCGCCUCAGCAGAAGCUUCAGGCCCAGGCGCCUCAGCAGAAGCUUCAGGCCCAGGCGCCUCAGCAGAAGCUUCAGGCCCAGGCGCCUCAGCAGAAGCUUCAGGCCCAGGCGCCUCAGCAGAAGCUUCAGGCCCAGGCGCCUCAGCAGAAGCUUCAGGCCCAGGCGCCUCAGCAGAAGCUUCAGGCCCAGGCGCCUCAGCAGAAGCUUCAGGCCCCGGCGCCUCCGCAGAAGCUUCAGGCCCCGGCGCCUCCGCAGAAGCUUCAGGCGCCUCCGCAGAAGCUUCAGGCCCCGGCGCCUCAGCAGAAGCUUCAGGCCCCGGCGCCUCAGCAGAAGCUUCAGGCCCCGGCGCCUCGCAGAAGCUUCAGGCCCCGGCGCCUCAGCAGAAGCUUCAGGCCCCGGCGCCUCAGCAGAAGCUUCAGGCCCCGGCGCCUCAGCAGAAGCGACGAGCCUUGAACAGACGGCCCGACCACUCAACUAGGGAGAUCAUAAUUUGGUUUGGCCAACCUUAAUCGUCUUAUCGUCUUAUCCCUGUUACUGUGCCUCUUGCAGGAA